AUGAGGCCCACGAGUUCGACAUUGACGACUUUAGUGACUAUGAGGAUGACACGUAUCAUGGCAGCAGCAGAGAGGUCCCAUGGUCCUCGAGUCCAUCUGGAUCUUGUUGCAUUGGCUUGGGACCCUGGCAUUCUUCUUAACUUUCGGCUUAAGCGUAUGAGCCUCAGACCGCUGACGACCGGAGUGUCAGCUGGAUCCAGCUUAGCGCUGGCUUUGAAGAUCCUGGAUUGGGAUCAUAAGGACCUCCUUGAGCUCUAUAGAUCCUCGUCGGCUCCAAGCUUCCACCCAGGUUCAUUUUUGUUGGGCUUGCUGUGUGGGCUGCUCCUCUAUUUUGUUAUUGAGUGGUUGGUCACCUUCCGCUGGGCAGUGAUUGAGUGGGAAGGAGCUCUACAAGCUCCUUUAAUGAGCCAGCGAGUAGCUGAUCUUGAGCUUGAGGUCAGUGAAUUGAGGGAGCUAGUUGACAAGCUCUCGUUGGUUGUUAGCCGGCUGCGCCGGGAGGUCAGUGAGCUUCGAAACCGCAAGCAGUCUGGAAGUGACCAGGCUGAAGAGGAUCGCCACUCGGAGGAUUCUUUUUCUUUGGUAGGUGACAGCCGAAGGGGCGGAUACCCGUCUUCCCCUCCUACUUGCACUCAGCGAGUAGCAACUGCAGCCUCGACUUCUUCCCCGCAGACUGCUCGUGACAUCAGUUGGGCUCAGCAAGAAGAGAUAGCUGCAGGCAUUGGCAAGUUUUUUGUCCGCUGCCUGAACGGCAGUCAUCGAGGAUCAAGCGGCCGAGACCGCAUCCCAUUGGCAUCACGCUUGUGGGUGGUGGUCCGAGAUUACUACGGGCAGAUCCAUUCACCAGUCAAAGUUUUCAAGACUUGGACUUCGUGCAAGGGCAUCGUGAAGCAGUACGAGGACGUAGGAGACUCCAUCUUCUGCGGCUUCCCAUCGGCCCGUGAGGCCAAGGACGGCGGUUCUCAGCUUCCCUACUUGUUAGUGGAAGGGAAGCUUGUUGCAAGUGAAGACAUUUCAGUUCAGCUCUAUUUUGACGAUUUGGACGCGGGUGACAUUGCCUUUCCUCUCCUGUUGAUCGCAGAGUUUGAGGGUAAGUCUUUGGUGGCCGUUCCCUUCGAAGCAUGGCACAGGCAGGUGACUCGCAGGCGAAUGCAGCCUGGAGCUCUCUCCGAACCUGCAGUGAUAGAAGUGCUGGCCGCCGACGGGGUGGACAAAACCAUACUCGAACCAGAGCAGUACAUCAAGUGCUGGGCCGGCUUUCUCAAGCCAGAUCUGCUGACACACCUGCAGCCGCUGGUGGAUUACGAAGAUUGUACCUUCACCUUUGGUUCGUACGGGGAAGCUCAUUUGCUUCCGGCGGCAGAGAGCUUGGUUGCAGCGGCCAACGAACACUUUGCUUUUUUCUCAGCUGGCGAUGGCGCAAGCAGCGGUGGAGAAGUGGAGUUGCUGGAGGCGGGGCGGGAUGCCGACGCUUCUGGGUCGGGAGGACUCGAAACUCGUGUCGAGACGAUCGAAGCAACGUUGAAGCAGAUUGGCGAGAACAUGAAUACAUUGCUCAAGAAGUUCCCGGACAGCGAGCAAACCACUGCACCUCGCGUGUCUGCGCUGCGCAAACCAACGAAGCAGUUGGCGGAAAAGCCCAAGCAGCCCAAAGUCCAUUUUCCUCAUUUGGACGCUGGAGUUGUCGAUGCGGCGCUGCAAGCUGGGAUUCCACCUCACAGCCUCGCCAUGAUGGAGAAGCUGGUGACUCAGAAUGUCCGCGCCAAGAAGGUGCUAGAAGAGAGAUCAGAUGUUGUUUUGGCCGACCCCCUCUCCGAGGAAGAGGACGACAGUGCCGGCCGCCGCCCUGUGGGGGGCGAAGAGUCUGGUGGAGCUCCACUGGACCCAAUGGCUGCCACCUUGUCAAAGCUGACGACCAUUGUUUCGUUUUUGGCGGAGGACAAGAAGAAAGUGAAGACUGCCUCGAGGCUCGACUUAGCGCUGGAUUCCGCUCAGGGUUCAUCUGCUUCCGAAGCAAUCAGCCUUGGUUCGGGAAAGAAGACAGCGGCUGCCCGUCGUGCUUUGAGGACGACUUUGUCAGAACACCCCGAGGAAAUUCACAUGUGCAUCGAGAAGCUGAUGUACGAGGACUUAGCGUCGCAGACGCUCGGACCGGGGCAACCUCCAUGGGGCCUCAAUGCACGAGCUUGGGUCGAGCAUCGUUCCCGCAUCAACGGCUACAAGACUGGUGCUCAUUGUGCCUGGGCCUUUGCAGGCAUUCUCGAUGCCUUGGUCGCUGGGAAGGUGGAUUUAGCUCGAGCAAGGGCUUGUUUGGGUCUAGUUCAGUUGGAUCAAGCUGCCAUCGACAAGGGGUCUUGGGUCUUGGCGGCCGAGCUGAGCUUGGAGCAGACGCCACCAAUGUCUGUCCUGUCGACACACCAGGGCCCCAACAUCCAGGACGGAGAGAGCCCCUUCAGCCGAUUGCUAGAUGCGAGAUGGGCGGAGGUCACUUUGGGACAUCUGCGAGACCAGGAGGAAUUUUUGACAAGACGAAAGAACAUCGGCAAGAACAUAGGCAAGUCAGCGAAAGAAGAGUCAGAAGAGAGCGAGGAGCCUGCAGCUGAUAUGAGCAGUGGUUUGCCGGGUGCGAGGGCUUCUUCAAUUUUUGUGCCUGGGUUUUUGAAUUCGUUGCCGAGAUUGUUGCUGAAGACCAAAGGCAGCCUUCAAGGUUUUUUGGCUUCCAUCGUACAAACCCCAACUGGAAACGAUCCAGUGACAUCUUUGCCAGGAGCUUCUACGUGGCCACUCCCCUUGCCAUAUCCUGAGGUUUUCAUUCGCAGAGCCUGUUCCCGUGUUCCUCAAGCUCAUUUGAAGCGACUGAUAUGCCUCCAGAUAGCGGUGCUCGACUGGAUGUUUUUGGGAUGUCCGGCAGCUGCGCCGCUCCUUUUGCGGCUUGGGAGAAGGCUGAAUGCUAAACAGUGGACAGUAGUGCGGAUGCUUGAGCACCUGGCUUUUGAUAGUAAUUUCCCAGAAUUUGUCACUGCUGCAGAGAUGGGCCGAUCAGCUGGUAAAGUCGAAGAUUUUCAAGACUGUCUGGAUGCGUUGGCUCGCGCUGCGGUGGUACUGCAUGGAGAUCUAGGAGGCUAUUCUUUCAUGAAGCCAAGCAAAGACGCCAGCUCCUCAGAUGCCCAGCUCAUCCGAGCUGGCACGAUUGUGAGCAGAGCGGAAAGAAACUCAGUGAUCACUGCGAAGCCUUUGAUUGCCAAGAGGUUGAAUUUCCCCCCAGAGCCUGCAUUUGAUCCUCGUCCCUUUUUUGACGCUCCUACUCUGGAGCGCUACGAGAGCCCAAUAUCUUGUGGUUUCAAGCCUGAAGAGGUAGCUGAACUCCCACCGCAAGUUCAAGUCCGAGCGACUGCUGCAGAGAAAAUGGAAUUGCCAGCUGACCGAGUGCUAGUUGCAAGUGGACUUGAUUUGAAAGAUUUUUUCUACCAGUUUGCAGUGGGGCAAGAACGUUGUGAGCGGAAUGCCUUGGCCGCCCCGGUGAGCAUGACCGAGGCGAAAGACAUUUUUGGCGAAGCCUUUAGCUGGCAUGAAGAACCUGUUUGGGUUGGCCUCUCAACCUUGGCCAUGGGAGACACCAUGGCUGUGGAGUUCGCUCAAGCAAGCCACAUAGGUCUUUGCCUGCAGCAUGGUAUAGCCACGGUUGAGGAGUUGAUUACCCUGCAUGGUUCGCUGCCUCGAGGUCUGCUGCAAGUCGGUAUAAUAGUCGACGAUUUGAUCUUUUUGGAGCAAGUGGUGAGAGGCCUGCCGUUCACUGAGACCGAAAUCGAAUCCGACCGCAGAGUUCGAAAAGCUGAGCUAGCCUAUGAGGCCACUGGAUUGAUACACAACCCCAGCAAGACGUUCAAGAAGCAGUUGUGUUCUCGUUUUUGGGGACUGGAAAUUGAUGGGGAAAAAGGGUUGCUGCGGAGCUCGUCGCUGAGACUGUGGCCUGUGGCUUUCAUCACCAUGCGAGUCGUUUCCUUGGGAUUAGCCACCGUUGGAUUGCUGGAGGCUUUAGCUGGUUCGUGGGUGUCGCUGUAUGGAGUCCGCAGGCGAAUGUUCUGCUGCUUGGACAUCAUCUUCGAGCCGCUUUGCAUUGCAGACCAAAAAGCGGUGGUUAGACUUUCCACUGAGUUGAUUUCAGAGAUGACUGCGCUGGUGGUGCUCGCUCCCUUGGCCGUCGUCAACCUCAGAGCGACUUAUCUGGAUCGGGUGAUUGCAACCGAUGCUUCAGGAGACUGCAUGGCGGCCGUGAGUGCUCCUUGCCCAGUUGCUGUGAUCAAAGAAGUUGCUAGACAUGCUUUGAGAAAGGGUGUCUGGACGAAGCUGCUUCCAAGCUCCCGAGCUCGUGACCGCAUGCACGGCCUCCUCGAUAGUGAUGAUGAACUUCCUGCCUAG